AUGGAUGCUGUGGAACUUGCCAGAAGGUUGCAAGAGGAGGCCACAUGUUCCAUCUGCCUGGACUACUUCUCUGAUCCUGUGAUGACUGCCUGUGGCCACAACUUCUGCAGAGAAUGCAUCCAGAUGAGCUGGGAGAAAGGGAAGGGCAAGAAAGGGAAGAGGAAGCAGAAGGGCUCAUUCCCCUGCCCUGAGUGCAGGGAGAUGUCCCCUCAGAGGAACCUGAGGCCCAACCGCCUACUAACAAAGGUGGCCGAGAUGGCCCGCCAGCACCCAGGGCUGCAGAAGCGAGACCUGUGCCAGGCACACCAAGAGCCCCUUAAGCUAUUCUGCCAGGAUGACCAGAUCCCCAUUUGUGUGGUCUGCAGGGAGUCCCAGGAGCACCGGCUGCAUAGGGUGUUGCCUGUGGAUGAGGCUGCAAAGGAGAAUGAGGGGAGGCUGGAGAAGUCACUGGAGCACUUGCGGAAACAAAUGGACGAUGCGAUGCUGUUCCAAGCCCAGGCUGAGGAAACCUGUGCCUUGUGGCAGAAGAUGGUGGAGAGCCAGCGGCAGAAUGUGCUGGGUGAGUUUGAGAGGCUGCGCCGCCUGUUGGCAGAAGAGGAGCAACAGCUGCUGCAGAAGCUGGAGGAAGAGGAGCUGGAGGUACUGCCGCGACUGCGCGAAGGGGCUGCGAGACUCGGCCAGCAGAGCACACAGCUGGCAGCCCUCAUCUCAGAGCUUGAGAACCGCUGCCAGCUACCAGCGCUGGGGUUAUUGCAGGACAUUAAGGACGCCCUGUGCAGGGUGCAAGAUGUGAAGCUGCAGCCUCCAGAGGUGGUGCCCAUGGAGCUGAGGACCGUGUGCCGGGUCCCAGGGCUGGUGGAGACCCUGCGGAGGUUCCGAGGGGACAUAACCCUGGACCCAGACACUGCCAAUCCAGAGCUCGUCUUGUCUGAGGACCGGAGGAGUGUGCAGCGUGGUGACCAGCGGCAGACCCUGCCUGACAGCCCAGAGCGUUUUGACCCAGGCCCCUGUGUGCUAGGUCAGGAACGCAUCACCUCUGGCCGCCACUACUGGGAGGUAGAAGUUGGGGACCGCACCAGCUGGGCGCUUGGCGUGUGCAAAGAAAAUGUCAACAGGAAGGAAAAGGGGGAGCUGUCAGCUGGCAACGGGUUCUGGAUCCUGGUGUUCCUGGGGAGUUUCUAUAAUUCCACUGAGCGGGCCUUCUCCCCACUACGGGACCCUCCUAAGCGUGUAGGCAUCUUUCUGGACUAUGAAGCUGGUCAUCUCUCAUUCUACAGUGCCACAGAUGGGUCGCUGCUGUUUAUCUUCCCUGAGACCCCCUUCUCAGGCACACUCCGACCCCUCUUCUCACCUUUGUCUAGUAGUCCGACCCCUAUGACCAUCUGCAGGCUGAUAGGCGUACCUGGGGACACCACUGGUCCCCAGUGACCCAGACCCUCUACAAGAAUCCCUUCACCUCUCUUGGUUCCUUGUCCUGACCAUACUGAGGCCCAGGAGCCAGACAGUGUCCUGUGAGCAUUAGGAGAAGCAGUGCCUUUCUGAGCACACGUGGGAACACAAGCUCUCAGUCUCUCUGACAGUAAGAGUGGGAGUACACUGGGCUGGGCUCUGUCCUCGUGGCGGGGAUCCUCUCCACCACUGAUGUCACUUAGUGCCAAAAGCCCUCACCAAAGCACUAAGUCCCAUGUGUCACCAGCACCUCUGACUUGAGGUUCCAGUGAUGUGAUAGGCUUUUCCAGAAGUAAUCCGGACCUGUCCACACUGCUGUGCCAACAAGCACGCCACGCCAUCCCUGAAAUGAAUCUAGGUAAGGUUAGGUAGGAGCCAGUUUCAAGCUCACCAGCGUCUCAGGAUUUGGUCCAGUAGAUGGGAGGGCUGCUCAGAGUCCUUGUCAUGCUAGGUGUGGCCACAGUGAAAGAUGAAAGGGUAGUAGCUUGGCCCCAGAUGAUGAAACAGUCUGGUGGGGACUGAAUCCUAAAUGAGUCCUCUACAUUUGUAUUUAGGACAUAAGGGGCCCAAAAGCAGAACUCAGACAUGACACUUGAACAUGCCCUCCUGUUCUGAGACUUGUCUGGUUUUGCCCUCAAAGGGGCUUCCCUGGUGUCUGACAAGCUUUGGUACACUGCCGGUGGCUGCCUGCCUUGCAGAGUGAGCUACACAGUCCCUCCCGAGUGCACAGGAGCCAGCAGGGACUGCUUUUGUAUGACACUUGCGGGAGUUUUAUCUUUUAUUUAUUGAAAGGAAACAUUUAAAUAAACAGUCAUCUGCAACAGUG